AUGGUCCUCGCCCUCAACGGCAGUCACCUCUACGGUAACCUCCGGCCCUCGGUCCUGGAGGACCCGCGGGCGCUGAGCGGCGGCAGGAUGAUCGCCGACUCCUGGCCGCCGCGCAGCCUGGCGAAGCUCGGCCCGUCUCCUCCCGCGUCGGCCCUGCCCACGGCGAGCCCCCUCCCAGCCAACGACUCCCAGUGCGGGGAGCAGAUCCUCAGCUACGGCAACGUGGAGAAAGUUAUUAUCGGGGCCAUCCUCUCCCUCAUCACCCUGCUGACCAUCGCCGGCAACUGCCUGGUGGUCAUCUCCGUCUGUUUCGUGAAGAAGCUCCGGCAGCCCUCCAACUAUCUCAUCGUCUCGCUGGCCCUGGCCGACCUCUCAGUGGCCCUAGCCGUCAUGCCCUUCGUCAGCGUGACCGACCUCAUCGGCGGCGAGUGGAUCUUCGGACGCCUCUUUUGCAACGUCUUCAUUGCCAUGGAUGUCAUGUGCUGCACGGCCUCCAUCAUGACCCUCUGCGUGAUCAGUAUCGACAGGUACCUGGGAAUAACAAGACCUCUCACCUACCCUGUAAGGCAGAAUGGGAAGUGUAUGGCCAAAAUGAUCCUGUGUGUAUGGCUCUUAUCUGCCUCUAUCACUAUACCCCCACUCUUUGGAUGGGCCCAAAAUGUAAAUGAUGAAAAAGUUUGUUUGAUUAGUCAAGACUUUGGCUACACCAUCUACUCCACAGCAGUUGCAUUUUAUAUUCCGAUGUCAGUGAUGCUUUUCAUGUACUAUCAGAUUUACAAAGCUGCCAAGAGGAGUGCUGCUAAACACAAGUUUGCUGGUUUCCCCCGUCCAGAAGAAGUGGAAGGGGUUUCUAUGAAUGGAGUAGUAAAACUGUACAAGGAAUCUGAAGAAUGUACUAACUUUUCACGGCUCCUAAAGAAUGACAAGAAAAACAUUUCCAUCUUUAAAAGAGAACAGAAAGCUGCCACCACGCUUGGGAUUAUUGUUGGGGCUUUUACUAUCUGCUGGCUGCCCUUCUUCCUCCUCUCCACUGCCAGACCCUUCAUCUGUGGUACAGCAUGCAGCUGUAUCCCACUGUGGGUUGAGAGAAUAUUUCUAUGGUUGGGUUAUGCAAACUCUCUCAUUAACCCUUUUAUAUAUGCCUUCUUCAAUCGGGACCUGAGGACAACUUACCGCAACCUCCUGCAGUGCCGAUAUAGGAACAUCAACCGGAAGCUGUCAGCUGCAGGGAUGCAUGAAGCUCUGAAGCUUGCAGAAAAGCCAGAAUUUGUUCUGUAA